AGCAUUGCGUCAGCCCAUGUGAAUUUGAAACAAGUUUGAUAGUAAUCUGUUCUUAUCUCUUAUCAGUGAUCGCUCUUUAUUAUUGAUAACUUCUUUAUCUGACAAUGAAACUGUAAUUUGUUUCGAAUCCUGGUCCUUUUUCUCUUGUAAAAUUAGAAUUUUUGCCGUCAAGCCAUUCACUAUGCAAAUCUCCUGAUUUCGACUACUUAUUCGCAGCUCAACUUCCUUCGUACGUUCUCUUCAAAAUGAGCCUACAGCUGGUCAGAACUUUGCUGAAACACUCCGUAGAGUUGGGCGGAUUUGGAAAAGUUUUAGAGAAGGUAAGUGUCGUGUCUGUUGAUCAUGGGAAAAUUGUUGCUGAAAUGAAGGUUGAAGCAGAGCAUCUGAAUGUUUAUAAUACUCUCCAUGGUGGACUGAUAGCCACCAUAGUAGAUGUAAUUCCGUCACUUGGACACUUUACUCAUCCAAAUGGGGCCAGAGGUGGAUCUUCUGCUACAACAAAUUUGGAUAUUUCUUAUUUAAAUUCUGCCAAGGUGGGAGACGAAAUAGUGAUAACAGCCAACACUGUCAAAGCCGGUAAAACUCUAGCAUUUCUUGAAGCUAAGAUCACUGAAAAAACAUCAGGAAAAGUCAUAGCAACCGCCACUCACAUCAAGUUUGUCAAGGAUUGAUCAGCGAUCUCUCAUUCGCCUCAUUUAGAUUAAGUCCUCAAAUCAACUGACUGAUCAAUAGACUGAUCUUCGGUAACUGAAAUUUGUUUUAAUAAAUAAGUUACUAUGA